UGCAAACAAGCUGAUAACCGAGUCAAUGACACUGUCGCCCAAUACUUCAAAGAGAACCUUUCCUUCACCAAGGAUGAACGCUUGCAUGCCAUUCAUGCUCUUGUCAGCAAAAAUUGCAAGCCUUGGCUCUGGAAAGGUCUUUUCAGCUGUCACUUCCUCAAUAUCAGUCCCGACCUGCAACAAAUAAGAGUUAAAUUUGAGUGCUAUUCCCACAAGUCUCUGCUAAAGCACACUCUUGCUGUUCAUCAAAAUGAUCCAAGAUUUAUGGUCAAUUGUAGUGUAUGUGGCAAGUCAGCAACAAAAUGGGAGACUUUGAGGAAGCAUUUACGAAAGCAUGAUGUUCAGAUCGACGCAAGUGAUCCAAUUACAAGUGACCCAGAAUCUUGUACAACCACAAAUGAUGACGUUGACGACGAUUCACUACCAUUGGUUACAUCGGCUCAUCCGAAGUUUGACCGGGCCAUGUUUCUUCUUCGCAGCACUAGCAGUUUAGCACUUAAUUAUUCAAGCAUCGAACAUCUAUGCGAAUCAACACAGACACUAAUGGAGCAAACUGCAGGACAAAUGCAGCAGAAAAUGUUGUGUUGUCUUCAAGAAAAAGGCAUCACUGUGGAUGAGGUCGUGAAGAAGAUUGUCACAGAAUGUUGCAAUGUUGAUGAAAUGUUUAGCGGUUUGUCUUCACGAGCGUUAAGAGAGAAAUACUACAAACAGCAUCUCAAUUAUGUGGAACCAUCACCAUCACUUCUCGACAAGAACUGGGACUGGGUGAAUGACCACGGCAAGAUGCAUCUGAAGGAGGUUGAGGCUAAGGGGUACUACAUUGAUCUCUGGGAGAGCUUGAAGAGUUUGCUAUCAAAUCCUGCUGUUAGAGAAGAGAUCAUUGGAAAAAGUCAUGUCAGUACAGAUGGUAGCAUGCGCGAUAUCUGUGAUGGGGACUUUGUUAAGAAACAUCCAGUCUUUCGAGCACAUCCAGAUGGUUUACAGUUUUUACUGUAUCAUGAUGACAUUGAAGUUUGUAAUCCUCUCGGAACCAGUGCUGGAGUUCACAAGUUUGGUGUGUUUUACUAUAUAUAUACAUUGGGAAACAUAAGACCAGUGUUUCGAUCAUCGCUCCAAGCUAUUCAACUACUUGGAGUGGCUAAGUCAUCGGACAUGAAUCAGAGUGCACGUGAUAUCCUCCUCAGAAACUUUGUUCAAUGCAUGAAAUUGCUUUCAACAGAUGAAGGAUACAGGUUAGAGCUAGACUCAGGUGUGGUAGUACUUCAUGGAGCUGUCGUCUGUCUCUGUGGUGACAUACCUGCUAGUAAUUUUCUUGGAGGGUUUAAAAAAGGUGUUGGGUUUGCGCUACGGAAAUCAGGCAGUGUCUUUGUUCGAAGGAAGAUUUAA